AUGUGCUCCUUUUCAAGGGGCGUUGUGACCUUUUCAUUCUCCGAGAUGAGCUACUUCUGGUCAUCCGAAUUCUGGGGCGCGCUGGACGGCGGCAUGUCUCGCGCAGCCAAGACAAGGAUGACGGCAAUCCUGUUAGCCUCCGGACUCAUAGCAGCUUUCGCAGGCCCAUCUGACUGGAACGCUGGCGGCACAGAAUUUUAUCUUGCUGCAAGGGAAACAGAUCUAUUCCCAGGCAACCUUUCCAUUUCCGAUUUACCUACCGAGUGCUCCGGGCCAGAUGCAACCGAAUAUGCCAUCUGCCCAAGCGGAGGAUUCAAGCCCUUGUCGCUUUAUACAUCUUCGUUGCAGACCAUACGGAAUGACGAGAAUCUGAUCCCGGUGCCCAAGAGCACGAGCGGACAAUGGGGCAGCUAUGGUCUCUUUCAACAACAAAUUGUCUCUGUCCCCAGUAUCCACACAGGGAUGCAACCGUUUCCGACAUCGUCUAUAAGUGGUAGCAUACGUGGGAUAGUAUGUCAGACGGAAGCGGUCGCACCUUUUGUGCCUAUUCUGCUUCACUCAUUACACAUAUCCAACGACUGGGAAGCAAUCGCUGCAACUGCUCAGUUUAGCGCGGACAGGCCUUCGCUGGCAGAAUAUCGAUGGAGGAACUCCAAGAUCGUCUCAACGCCAGGCAAGAUACCAGCAGUCCGAACGAUGUGCUCAGCGGCUCAAAACCUUUCCACGACAGCCACAAGGGUCAACUUUCCUAUUCUUCCACCCGACGCCUGCCCUGACGGGGAAUUGUCCAUGUCGGUGCCAAACUUGAACAACAAUCCUUCUUCUAGUAUACGCCUGACCUGGGUCCACGACUUUCCUGAUGAGGCUGGGUCUGUCAGCUCAGGAAUCAUCUUUGAGGCUCCUUGGACCAACAGGCAUACUUCGAGGGUCGUUGUGGGAUGCUCCAUAGAUGCUCGCUGGACCGCCGGGAAAGUGAAGAAUAACCAAGCAUACCCGAGUGAUAUUGCCUCCCCAGAAAAGUGGAAGAUUGUGGCAGGUUACAUCGCACCCAUGUUUAUGCCGCCAAACAACAAAUCAUGGCUGCCAAUCCACCUCGAUGACGCAUGGGUCAAAGUAUCCGAUCCACAAGGGAAAGGUCAAGGUCAUCUUCAGAGCUUGCUGGCAAGCAGCGCUAUUAUUGAUCAAGCUCUGACCACAGCACACGACCAGACAGACACAUGGAAUCAAGCUGUAAUGGGUUCUUCCAAUCGCACUUUGCUCUUAGAGUGGAUAACGAGCCUGUCUGUUGUUGACAGUCUGUCACGUUAUGGAACAUACAGAUUUCUCAACACAUCAGGGCCUCAAAUGGAUUGGGACUUGUUGAAUUUCAACAAGCAGCCCGAUUUCACUAAUAAGAUCCUCUCCGGUGGACCUGCGCUCGAAAAGCCAACCGGCGUGCCUUUGACGACAUUCCGAACGACCAUUAUUCUGAACGGCUUGCUAUACCGGGCCUCAUCGGUGACGGACUGCCUGGCUUUAGGCAUCUUGAUCGCGCACAUAUUGAUCGCGCUCGGUCAUACCAUGCAUCUGAUCUUGUACCGCAAGUCCUCGGCAUCAUGGGACACCAUAUCUGAGUUUCUGGCGCUGGCCCACAACUCCCGGCCGUCAAAGAAAGCGCUGAGAAAUGCCUCGGCAGGCAUCAGGACGAAGAAGCCUUUCUCCAAAAUUGCCCAUGUAAGAGCAGUCACCAUGGAAAAAGGCACGACAGCAGAGGCGGCGGCAGACAUGCUGGCCACCGACCGUGCAGAGCUCAUCUUCGUUGAGAGCGACGAUGAAGACGUUAGCGAUGACCAGCAUGACCCGAUCGAGAACGAGAGUACGCAAAGUGUAGCAGGCGAGAGUGCCAUUCUACUUUUACCCAAUCCUCAAGUAGUUGCGACUCGGACCUGGCCGCUAUGGAGCAACCAUCAAGAAACUCCUUUCAAGCAGGAUUCAGGGAAUGCACAUGCGCGGAACAUUUCUACAAGCUCGACGAAGCCAUUGCUUCGAUCUUCAGAGAUUGAGCGGGCCAAGAAAGAGCCUCAUGCCACCAUAAUACCAGACUAUCUGUAUCAAUGA